AUGGCGCCGCAGCCGUCGACGUCGUCUUCGUCUUUUCUCAACGAUGCGGUCGUGCCUAUUUCUACUGCACUGCCACAGCAACAUCCACUCGAUACCCUAACAGCAGACUUUCCACGACGACCCCGGCUGCGUGUACAUAUAAAAAAACAUCCAUCAUCUUUGUCAUCCCCAACAGCAGCAGCAGCAUCAUCAUCUUCGUAUUUACCUUCAGCAAUCAAACCAAUUAAAGAACCUAGCGAUCCAAUGCAGCAUCGCUUGGAUGGAAUGGGGAUCAAACGGUUAACCAUAGCCAUCCUUCGGCGGUUAGGCGUGGUAUUAAAUAUAGACGAGUUACCAUCCGUGGGUAUCAGCGAGCGCAAAGAUACAGAUUCGCGCCAGGUGCUUCCGCUUCAAGCGAUGCAGGUCAUCACGACAAUGAUACUUGGGACAUCAGGUGACAAAGAUGUUUCUCAAACAGACGGCUCGCAGAUCUCAAACGGUGAUCUUGUUGCGGUGCAGCGCAUGGUGGUGGAGGGCCUUCGGGUCAAAAACAUCUCAGUAAAUACUAUCGUUUCCAAGCGACUGAUUAGCGGCAAUGCUAUUCCCAUGCCAACACAACAACAACAGCGGGAAUCCAAGGUGACGGCUCUGAUAGACACAUUCACAGAUUUGAGUAAUGUCAAAUACGAACUGCCUUCGAAUGUGACUCGGUUGUUCCUACGUCUAUAUCGAUUCAUUCUCAACAUGUUGCUUGCGACGCCAGACUGCUGGCCAUUUAUACAGCCGGUUCCUGACUCGGCGGUUCUGUAUCAUCAGGAGAUCAAGACGCCAAUGGAUUUGUCUACCGUCGAAAAGAAGGCAUGGGAGGGUGCUUACACAACCUUUUCAAAAUUUGAAAAGGAUAUACUGCUGAUCUGGAAGAAUGCAAAGUCAUAUCACAGUAACACCGGCACGAUCCCCAAACACGCCGACAGGCUGGAUGCGUUGUUUCGCAAAAUCGUAUUGGAUCUGAAAACGCAGAUAAGACUUGUAAAAAACCAAAAGCCCACAGCAACCAACGAUUUUAAAUUCGAUCCUAUCGAACGGAUACCUGAAGAAACCGAUCUUGCUCCUUCGCUUUUAUCGCGCUUGUUCUGCGCUAACAGCACGGUGUACACAAUAUCAGCCAUGUCGCCAAUGGAGCCCAAAGCGAAACAGCGCGGCCUGACGAACGAAAAGCUACUGUAUCUGCAAUUAAACGGACCAUUUUUCCAAGCAAUUGAACGCAUGAAACAAGAUCCAACAGGCGACCACAGCACCAUUCCACGAUUUUACAUUGCAAAAAAUCGAACGUUUCUCGAACAAGUGAGCGCGUACGGCGUACUUGCAAUAUUCUACAAUACACGGGUGAAACGGACUCGGCCAAAGCUCUACCAAGUCGUAACGGACAUCGUAAUCACAUAUCCAGCUAGUCCACUAUACGAUAUCGACCGCCUGAACAAGUACACACACGAGCUUGCACCUAAAGCGUGGAUCCAUCUGCGCCCACUGAGGAUUGUAGAGAAUGCGUCGUUUGAAGCAAAUGAGACUGUGGAGCGAGAUUACUUUCGCCGGAUGUAUACAACUGCGAAAAUCACAGCCAUCUCUCAACCGUCACCGCCGUAUCAAGCCAAGGGAUCAAAUUCAUCUUCUGAUGAUAUGGAAACGAAGCUGUUGCUCCGAAAGAUUGCACGGGUCGUGCUGUCUCUACCAGAUGACCAGGAAGAGGAAAGCAAGACGAUCCAAGCAGUUAAAACAAAAAAGAAAGAGAAAUCGUCGGAUGUAAAGCUUCAACACCAGCAUCAGCAUACGAAAAACACGACAGCAGCGAAAACAGUAGCAGCUGCAUCAUCGGUCGUCAAGAAGGAAGAAAAAGCAGCAACAAAUGGACAUGUCAAAACAGGACGCAAAUAUGCGGCGUUGCCUAAAAUAGAAGACAAAUCAGCGGCACAUGUUUCACCAGAACUGUCAUCUUCCCCCGCUUCAUCAACUUCUUCCAUGCGUGAAAUCGAUCAUGAAGUAUGGCAAAGGCUGUUUCAAGCUUGCAAAGAAAGGGGCGUGGACGUGGAAAAUAUCUCUGAGAAGUAUGGCUUCCUCAAGCUGAAUGCACCCAACUCUGAAGGCUACUUCAAACAAGUAUACUUUCUCCAAGACGUCGUCGUCCAGACUUUCCGCCAGAUGACCAUGUAUCAGAGGAUCACAGAAAUUGCUUGUCUAAUCUACCAAGAAACGCUAAAACAGUAUACGCAUGUCCAUUCUCACCAUCGCUUGUCUGCCCAUCAGAAGUACAGCAUUAUUCGUCAAAUGAUCCUUUGUAUCAAGGUAAUCCAUGAUGCUGGUUUGGCGCAUCGCGAUCUCUCAGAGGUCAACUUUAUGGUCAACCGAAUCGGCGAGAAGCUCGAAGAUGGCAACGAGAACGUUUGCUUGUACCUUAUCGACUUUGGUAAAUCCGUGUUCUGUGAGCCACAAGAUGUACGUGAUUGGUUUGUCGACGUUCCUCGAGCAGAGUCAGAAUACGACGGUGAUGUCGUACCAGAAUCAAAAGAAGAGCUGGACGUAUGGUGUGCGAACCUACCGUGGGUGAAGGGGAAGCCCGAUCAUGGAUACCGCAUGUACAGAUCGAUUCAAACAUUACCAAAAACGCGCUCGGACACUCAAGUGUUACAAUGGCUUAUCCAUCCAAAAGCAGAAGAUAUCUAUUCAAUAGGCGUCAUGAUUUGGAAGACGUUUACUGAUACCGAGCCUUGGCGAGGAGUGCUGGAUACCGAUCUACAAGGCUUACGCUAUGUUGCUGAAGAUGACUAUCGGAUUGAAAGAGCAUUACAGCAAGAUAUCAAGGGAAAAGUAAGCCAGGAACUUCUGUUAAAAUGCCUGCGGACUCGUCCACAAGACCGGAUUACUGCUGCUGAGCUUUUAGAGUGGUUUGAACGUGACCAAGUCAAGAUGGCUCUUCUUGAAGAAUGGAAGACAUACUCCUCCGAAACACGUGCUACACGAAAGGCCAAGUCAUUGCAUGGGUACGAGCCGGAGGUGGAAGACGAGACUAAACGGAGGAAGAAACGGAAACCAAAUCAAUCGAACAAUCCGCCACCAACAACUACCUCUUCGGGCGCUAAUAAAGGGAAAGGUCGUUCGUCGACUUCCGCAUCAACAACAACAACAACCAAAUCUAUCAAGAUUACACCGCCACAACGACCGCAAUCCCCGCAUCCAUCUAUCAACAGCAGUAGUGUCCAAUCACAACACCAGCAACACCAACAAGAAGCACAUCAAUCACAUCCACAUCACCCUGUUAUAUAG